CUCGCUCCGGCGGCUGUCGCAGUGCACGGCAGUGAUGACUCGCCGCCGCUGUCAUCGAGCUCCAGUCCAGCGAUCAGGGAAGAGGCUGAAACUGGUGUCGACGGAGCUGGAAAUAUUACGGUGACUCUGACACUACCAGCGCUUCUUCAUAGCUGUUGUGUUAUGGAUGCCACCUGCUGGUUCUGCUGAUCUACUGCUCCUCUCAAAGCUCAGAGGGCCAUGAGCCCAGUCAGCUCCCGUCUACAGUAUGAGCCUCCGAACCAUAGGGGGUGCUGUGCUCAGCUCCCUGGGCCCUAGUCUUGCAGCACAGGCUGGAGGACCCUGGAGCUCCAUCUCUUUCAGACCCAUACCCUCCUUGCUUCAGACCAUGGUACCUGCCGGUUACACCGCUUUACAGGAGGAACGGCUGGCCAUGGUGGACCUCGGCACACCCAAGCCAGAGUCCCUCAAAAACGGGUUUCACCGUGAGCCCCGCCGCCACUCGGACCGCGGCAGCAGAACAUCUGUCAGCCUGUCUGACUCCGGAGACGGACGCUAUGCAGAGACGGAGCCCAUGUUGCCUGAUGCCAGGCUUUCGGGAGAAGAGGCAGACGAGGAAGAGGAGAGCGAGGAGGAAGGGCAGCAGCUGGCGACCAGAAACAUGCCCAAAGAGUCGCCUUUGGCCAUGGCACUGCAGAUACUAGUUCCCUUCCUUCUAGCUGGGUUUGGGACGGUGUCAGCCGGUGUGGUGCUUGAUAUAGUACAGCAUUGGGAGGCGUUUAAGAACAUUACAGAGAUUUUCAUCCUGGUUCCGGCUCUUUUGGGUUUGAAAGGAAACCUGGAGAUGACUCUGGCUUCCAGACUUUCCACAGCGGUGAAUGUGGGGAAAAUGGACUCACCCAUAGAGAAGUGGAACCUCAUUAUUGGGAAUUUGGCACUGAAACAGGUGCAGGCCACCGUAAUAGGGUUCCUGGCAGCAGUAGCGGCUGUUGUACUGGGUUGGAUUCCUGAGGGAAAGUUCCAGUUCAGUCACGCCGUUUUGCUGUGUUCCAGUAGUGUCGCUACAGCCUUCAUAGCAUCAAUGCUGCAGGGUAUAAUAAUGGUGGGUGUAAUUGUGGGCUCUAAGAAGACGGGCAUCAACCCUGAUAAUGUAGCCACGCCCAUCGCCGCCAGUUUUGGUGACCUCAUCACGCUGGCCAUCCUGGCAGGGAUCAGCCAGGGCCUCUACAACUGCAUAGGUGUCAGCAAGUCAGACUCUCACCCAUACGUGUCAUCUCUGGUGUGUGCCUUCUUCAUGUGUCUGACUCCGCUGUGGAUGGUCAUCUCCUCCAAACACCCUGCCAGCCGUCAGCUGCUGUACUCAGGCUGGGAGCCUGUGAUCACUGCCAUGUUCAUCAGCAGUAUUGGAGGACUCAUUCUGGACAAAACUGUUUCUGAUCCCAACCUGGCUGGGAUUGUGGUUUACACGCCCGUUAUCAAUGGUAUCGGGGGAAACCUGGUGGCCAUCCAGUCCAGUCGGAUAUCCACCUACCUGCACUUUCACAGCACCCCUGGAGAGGUUCCUGACGAGGCCAAGGGUUGCUACUACCCCUGCCGCACCUUCUGUGGCACAGGGGCCAAUCAUAGGUCAGCACAGGUACUGCUGUUACUGGUUAUUCCUGGCCAUUUGAUCUUCCUGUACACUAUUGAUCUGAUGGAAAGAGGUCACACCUCACUGACGCCUGUCUUCAUGGUUGUGUAUUUGGCUGCGGCUCUUUUCCAGGUGUUCUUGUUGCUUUGCAUAGCGGACUGGAUGGUGCACUCCAUGUGGAAGAGCGGGAAAGAUCCGGACAGUUUCUCUAUCCCGUACCUGACGGCGCUUGGCGACCUAUUGGGAACCGCCUUCCUCGCUCUCAGCUUCCACUUCCUGUUUAUCAUCGGAGACCAGGACAGUGAUGUGGGUGACUGAGGUCUUUCUCUGACCUGUGAUCCACAGAUCAAACUAUAUCAUACUUGCUGCCCUCACUUAUUGCCUUGAAUGGCUGCUUGUCGGAUCACGUGGCAUGUGGCGACAAAGCAAACUUAGCGUUUCUCUGUCGGGUUAAAACAUUUUCGUGACUCUUCUUAAAGUGCCAGAUGAUUUAUAAGCUGCAUCGAGAGAUUCUGCACAUGCAGUUAGGGAUAGAAGGUGGUAAAACUCUUCCGUCAUCUCAAACAGGGUGAUUUCUGGUCCGUCGGAUGUGGAACGGUACGAAAAGCAUCUUUCAUUCUCACUCCUACCAUGUCAGUUUUCCUUAUCAGCACUAUAGCAGUGGAAGGUAUGGAAGUUUGUUUCCGCCAAAGAAUACAAAAAAAAAGGAUAAUUUCGACUUUUUAUUAGAAUUGCGUGAUAUAAAAUUGUAAUUGUGAGUUAUAAAGUGUGAUUUAUUCUCAGAAUUGUGAGAUAAACUCGCAAUUGCGAGUUAUA